AUGCAUACGUUCUCCAGUUGCGCUCCGGGAAUUCACGGGCCACUGAUCCCAUACACGGUGGCAACCAGAACACGUUGGCACUGUGAUGCUGGUAGUGGUGGUGGCCGUGGUUGUGAUAUCGGUGGCGGUGUUUCUGGCUGCGGUGGUGGUGGUGGUGGUUGUGGCGGCGGUGAUAAUGAUGAUGGUGGUGGUGGUGAUGAUGAUGAUGAUGGUGGUGGUGGUGGUGGUGGUGAUGAUGAUGAUGAUGCCGCUGCUGCUGGUGCUGGUGCUGUUGCUGCUGCUUCUUCUUCUUCCUCUUCUGAUUAUGAUGAUGAUGAUGAUGAUGAUGAUGAUGAUGAUGAUGAUGAUGAUGAUGAUGAUGAUGAUGAUGAUGACGACGACGACGACGACGACGACGACGACGACGGGGACAGAGACAAUGAUGAUAUAGGCGGUUGUUUCCACAUUGGUGAGGGAAGUGGGCUGCUCUAAAUUUGCCAGCGAGAUCAAUAGAUGUCUGGUAUGCCACCAGACACAGUAGACAUGUUUAAAUAUGUUGGAGGUUCGAAAGUUGGUCCACGGCACUCAUGCCAUGUAUGUCUCCUGCUUGAGUAUUGGGUCGGUAUCGACAAUUUUUACUCUAGUGUUUGCACAAUUGCUCCAAGUCUGUUGGUUGUGUUUAGGGUGCUCGAGAGAGAGGCCGCCGGGGUCAUCGGGUAUUAUUGCUCUUGCCCACGUUGUCCCUAGCGAAGUUACCAUGUAAUUUUCGAUUGGGUGGGUCCUAGCUAUGACAACUUCGUUCUGUCGCAGUUGUAAAAGAUUUUGCGCGGUCUGGAUGUUAAAUGCAGGCCUCCCUUCCAAGACAUUAGUGUUAGGAAUCCUCUCCAUCCACUUGCCAUUGAGAAUACGUUGAGGGCAAUUUAUCUGAACUCCGUAAUUCCGUUCCGAACAGCAGCAAAGUCGAGUUCAUGUUGAAAAUAGUUCAGGAAGGCUUAGCUAUCCUUGGGGAUCUGGCUUACAAUCAACUCUUUGAUCGUGGUGCGAUAUUUCCUCGGCCUUUUUUCAUGCGCAGAGCUGUAAAGGUCACGACGGGGUUCCACAGUUUUUGCAGAAUGCACAGUGGCCCUUAGGAAGGAGUCCUUACUCCAAGUACAGAAUGCGAUGAUCGAUGGGAACUCACACGAAGCGUAUGUCUCACUAAUGUUCACAGCCGUCCAAUUUCAAGUGAGUUUGUUUGGGUAAAUCAUGGCCAUGCCUCCAAAAUCCUGUUGGACCAAAUUACUACUACCCCUGCUUUUGUAAGUGUAUAUAUUGCUUGCCUUGCUACUUAAUUUUGGGAAGUAGCUUGAAAUGAUCCUUUAUUAGUGGUAUGCGUUGCCGAAACCGCCCGUUAUGCCUUGAAGCUGCCUUGCAGGCACAUCGGUGAGUACUAUAAGCAGAAUGGCAUGAUCAACAAAGACGGGGCGACUGGAAAGUCCAUUUCUGGUUUGUUGGCCGUCGUCAGUCAGCCAUGCUCAACGCGGAGGUAUGCAGCCCCCGGAAGCCCGAACUCGUGAUUCGUUGGUCAGAAAUCGAAAGUCCUAACCAAUAAACCACGAAUUCAGUGGUUACAGUAGUCUUAGCUUGCGUUUGGCUAUCUACCUCGAAAAUUAUAUAUGUGAAAAUACCCUCGCCAAACGUGUUUGAUUGGUGACAGUGUAUGACAUUAAGCCACAGAAUACGUGGCGGCUUUGUGCCGCAAUGUAAAUGGCACUUACAGUAAGCGGGCUAACUCCUGAAAUCUGAACUGAAAUUCCUAAAUGUGUUUUGGUUUCUAGAAGAUUAAUUAACUAGGAUUUCGAAACCGAUCAUCGUGCAGCAUAAUUCUAUAAUAAUUCAAUUACCACAGGACGCCGGCUUUCGAACAAACUUCCUUUUGGCUGCAUCCAAAAGCCAUACUCCGUAAAAAAUGACUACUUAAAUAGCGAGCACUUUUUCAUUGGUUUCCGACGCCCUUAAAGAUUAAAUUAUAUUUCAUGAAAACUGCACAAAACUAUCCAUCUUUUCCACAUUCAGUAGGAAAUUGAGUCUUAUUUUAAUCUUAUACUCGAAGAAAGGGUAUAAUUUGGUUUUAUAAAACUUCCGAAUCCCGAAUAAUUUUGAACCCAACCUGCCGUUACACUUGCAUUCAGAGUCCCCAACCUACAAGCCGUAUAAUUUCCGCGCACGGAAAACUAUGCAUUUCUCUACGGUAAUAAAGGGGGUCCAUAUAGUGUUAAUAAAAGUAAGCAAUGGAGUUGAGCCACAUUGUUAACUUUACAAGCCACAUUGGUCGAUGCAGAGGCAUGAAGUUUUAUGAACGGUCAUUUCACGAUAUUAAAAAAUCUCAUAAUUCGAAACUUUCAUAAAACCGAAUUAUACUCUUUUUUCGAGUGUAAAAUGAGAAUAAGACGUAAUUUUCUACCGAAUGAGCAAGAGAAUGAAUACUUUUGUGCAUGUUUUCCAUGAAAUAUAAUUGCACCUUUAAGGGCAUCGGAAAUCAAUGAAAAAAAUGCAUGCCACUUUCGUAAUAACCUUUUGCAGAGUAUAGUUUUUGCAUGCAGCCGAAAAGAAAUUCAUUCGAAAGCCGGCAUCCUGGGGUAAAUAAAUUAUGAUAGAAUUAUGCUGCACAAUGAUUAAUUUUACAAUCUUACAUAAUUAAUCUUUUCGAAACGAGGACGCAUUUCGCAAUUUCUGUUGAUAUUUCAUGAGUUAGCCUUCUUACUGUACUUCGAAGUAUGUUGUGCAAAAUAUAAUCUUUGUAAUGUAUAAGUACGAAGUAUGACUCAAUACUUAAACAGUUCAUGGUUUAGUAGGAAUGGUUUAGUUCAGAAAUGUGUAUGUUAACAUAGAGUGAAAUUACUGAAGGUUUGCUCUACUGAUAUCUUUCUCGUAAGCACUGUGAACUGCAUUCAAAAAUGACGUUGGAAUGGUCUUGGAAAUUGUUGUGUUCACGGAAAACAGUUUAGUCUUGGAUCGUUUUCAGGUGGAGGGUGGUCGUAUUUCACUCUAACCGUCCUCGCUUCUAGCUCUCACCCGUUUUAACUCAUUAACUUGUCUUCUGGUAAAACUAAAAUGCCUGAGGUUGGGCGAACUGUUCGAGUCGUCCAUAUUCAUAAAAAGUCUAAUAAGUCAUUAAUAUCAACGGAUAAAUUUGCAUACGAAGCCGGAAACACUGCCCACAAUUCUUUUGUACUGGCUGCUCAUCCUCUGAAUGGCAGUUCGGCCAUCGAUUUUGACGAUGUCCACCGUGUGCUCGCCAGCAAGGUGAGAGCGCGGACGGGGGAUUGCGCGCGGAGCAGUUUAUACUGACAGCGGACGUACACAGCAUCUACCCCACCCCCUCCUCCCCCGCCUGUGCCCGAGUCAAAACAACUGGAAGUGGGAGAGGACGAGAUGACUGUGCUUACAGCCUCGAGCAAAGGUUAUAGUUUGUAUGCAGGUGCAUUUCUUGAUUACUCUUGUAACUUUAGUACUGCUUCGUGCAACAUGCCCCUUAAAGGUAUUCGAGUGCAGCUCUACCCGUUGGAUUUUAUCCUGACUUUCAGACUACCUUUUCAGUCUGACAACUGCAAGCCAAUUUUAUUUGCAUUUACCUUGAAAUGCUCCGCGUUAUCGCUUUCCUCCUCUCACCUCUUUUCGUUUUACGAUGACCUACGGUGGCCCAGCUGACGGCAGGGUCACACGGUUAAACGUGAUGGAAGUCUGUGGUACUCCGCGCCUCCUAGUUCUACGCCGCCUUGUCUUGCCGCCCUCCUGCCCACCUCACACUCCCUGUCGAUCCGCUGCUGUGACGCGCGAAGCUUGCCACUAGCCUCGCGAGUGCUCGAGGCCAAUCAACGCCGCCCCCUCUCUGAUUGGCUGGCGGACAUCGAGACAGAGCGAAAGGCGCGCACAUGCGCUGGGUCUGAGGAUCUCGACGGCGGACAAAAACAAGACAACUUGUAUGGAGGGACCGCUCGUGGCGACUGAUUGCAGAGCCUGUGUGUAUGCACUUCCUCAGCAGUAAAGGUUGUCCAACCCUAUCCUUCUUCGCUGAAUUCUGAUUGGAGAAUCUCUGUCCUGUCGACUGUGCCAUCCCGAGAAAUCCUCAACUUCUAACAAACAGGUCGCGAGUUCGAGCCUCGAGUGUGCCACACUUCGGUGUGAAUUAUGACUGGCUGACGACCGCUAAUAAGCCAGAAAUGGCCAUUCCAGUCUCCCUUGUCUUUGUCGGUAAUAUCAUUCUGCCUAUAUCAUGCUCCGCUGUGCGGCUGCUGGUUGGACACGAGGGAAAGCCCUAAGGUACAACGGGACGAGUGAGUUCCGUAAGAACGAUCGUUGAGCGCUCCUUACCAUUGUAUAUUCCCGAUCGAAAACCUACAGGGCAACAGGUUCGUGGCUCAGUGGUUAGAGACGUGGACUUCUAACAAACAUGUCGCGAGUUCGAGCCUCGGGUGGGCCACACUCCGGGGUUGGUUAUGACUGGCUGGCUUCUGAUUGGAGAAUCUCGGUCCUGUCGACUAUGCCAUCCCGAGAAAUCCUCAAGGUUUUGAAUUAAACCUCAAAGGUAAUUUCUCAGCUAAGUGUCACGUUUUAGCAUGUUUAGGGUGCAACCAUCUCCCAAUCUGGUGUCCUUUGAGGUUCUUUCAAAUGAAGUUUCACCUUUCCCGAACUUUGGUUUUCAGAAGACAAUGUGACGAGCGAACAUUGCUUUAGAUAACUUCUUGUCAGGCCAGUACAGUUAUAUGGGACCGGUGUACAGUGAGUGGAAAAAAUUGAUAGAAGUUAGUUUUUAAAAUACAGGCUAGGCAAGAGCGGAAGGGCGCAGAACUUCGUAAGUGGUUAGUCAACAUUUGACCACGGUAAGUGCUGAAACUGAACGAGGUUCUUCUGGGCGCGUAGGGUCGGUUUUCGUUAUCUGAUGGUGACCACUUCUGCUGUUACUAACAGGCACUGGCCCGGUAGCUGAGGGUAACUCGAGAGGACCUUGUAAAUCACACGAAAUGCCUCAGCGGGAUCCAUACGAUGCCCCGAAUGCACUGAAUGCGCAAGAAUGGCGUUGUCUAUUCUCCUAGCUUCACCUUUGCAAGCCAUGCGGGAAGGUGCUCUCGCAUUCUUUUGGAUAGACGUCGACCCGUACGACCGAUAUAACCUGCUCCAUAGGAGCAAGUGAAUGAAUAAAUGAACAUUGAGGCGAUCUGUGUUGGCAGCCAAACCUUGCCUUCUCCGCGUAAACUAGGGGUAUUAGAGAAUGAUAUGCGAACCCUUGCUGCUGGGAAGGUCGCCGAGACAGCUUGGUCAAGGCGUCUUCUUACGAGUUCACUCGCGGCGUCUCCUUGGAAAGGGACUUUGAGGAACAACGUUUUUUUCGGCGGUCAGUGUGGUGGGUUUUGUGGGUCGUUCGACAAGGUUCUUUGCAAUCAACCUUUCAGGAUACACGCCCACUUAAAACGCAUUGAUUCUCGCUUUUAGGAAGAUGUUACCAUUCAGUCCUUAUUUUGGCCGUUUAUGGGUGCUUACGCGCUCCCUACUACCCUUUUCUGCCCUUCCGUUGUCGAGGCGUCAUGUGUAGACAGCGUGAGGUUCCAAAAUCAAAAAGUAGGAUUGCCUUAGCAGGCGGGGCAGCAAUAGAUCUCCCCUGCCUACUGCCAGACGUUCAUGUUGUUAGUCCCGACGCCGAAGCGUGCAAUGUGCAUGGGAUUCGCUCACUCGGAGCCAAUCAGCAAAGGAUGCAACGUCGAUUGGCGUGGAGCUCUUGCCACACUGGUACCAAGUCGCUUGAGAAUCCGCCAUGGAAACCACGGAAGCGGACUGCCAAACCGUCAUGUUUCCUGCUUUAGUAAAAGUGCAAAUUUAACCAUGUGUUUUAGUUAGCCACUGCCGCUUCUUACUCUGUUCUGGCAAGACGACAUUUGAGAACGACCAGGCACUUCGGCGACCAAAUUCUUGUGAAUGUCGCUCACUCCCCUUGACCGAAUCUAAGCACUGCGAAGUUGCACAGUUCAAUCCGGCAGGGCUCCCACCAAACCGCUUACCGUAUCUCAGAUCAUUAGCUAUCAGUUAAGUCAUCCACUACACGAUGUUUGAUGUGAAAUGCGACCCGUUGCUUAACGUGCAUGGACCUUUUUAAAUUUCCGUUUUUUGACUGUUUUUGUUCCAGUUUUGCCAUGAUUAUUGAUGGACUGUUUUUUUAAAAAAUUCUAGAAAUUACGCUUUGAAAUAAAGCAUUUCUCUCCCCCUCUUCCCCCACUCUCGUUGGCAAUCAAAGAAGUUUUAUUGCUCACAAACGGACUGUCUCUUGCACGCAAUUAAGCAGUCCGUAGACCCUGAAUUUACCAUGAGCAAAAGUCAACUAACUUCAUGUUUGCAUGAAAGUGUGCAAAAGAAAAGACCGGAGACCCCCAUCCAUCCCACGUUUCUGGAAAUGUCUGCAGCGAGGAACUCGCUGCGAUUCUGCAAUUUCCAAUGUCACAGCAAAUCGACCAUAUAUAGUAGAUGGGCUAACUCAUGAAAUGUCAACCGAAAUUCCGAAAUGCGUCUUUGUUUCGAAAAGAUUGAUUAGGUUGGGUUGUAAAACUAGUCAUCAUGCGGCAUAGUUCUAUUAUAAUUCAGUUACCUCAGGAUGCUGGCUUUCGAAUGAAUUUGUUUCCCGCUGAUUUUUUACUGUUAACUUCGACAUCCGCCAGGGCUGUGUUGUCUUGUUAGAAUGAGUUUUUCUGCGGAGCCAAAGUAAGUAGUAGUUUGUGCCCCAGUAAUCUGAACUACGCCCAUGGAGAUGCGAUCCCGGCGACCUGCUCUGCAAAAGUGCGGCCCACAGGACUCAAAUCGGUGCAAAGGCAACUACGCGCAUGAAGUUUCGUGUCGAGUCAAUCCCUCAACACAGAUGUAGGCCAUGUUUGUGCACUCACUUUGAAGUGCCUAAUUAUGCUUUUCCCUUCAGUAGCGCCUUCAAUGGGGAGUAGUCCAGUUGGUUAGGCACGCAGCCGAUCACCUGUGACUCCAGUAGGCGCCGGGUGAAGGUGAUACGGCCAAGUGCUGCGCCGUUCAGAGGGUGAAACCGCCCAAAAGCGGCCUUGACUGAGGAUAGCGUGUAGAUGUGUAGGGGCCCUGCUCUCCGAGCGCCUGUCUCAACGCUGAGCCUCUCAUACAUGUCUGUACGUGCGCACUAGGCCUGUCUAUCAUUCGCACACCCGGCUCUCCAAUUAUCCAAUCAGAUUCAAGGUCGAGUCAGACAUGUCCUGACGCUUUGACGCAUUCCCUGACAGGCACUGGGGGCGCCGCUCACCCCGCCCCGGCGUCCCACUUCUUUUUCAAUUCGGGACGGGGCCUGAGGGUCGUGGUAGCCAUGGUCUCAUUCUUGGCCUAGCCUGUCGCGAUCAAUGAUUAACUGAAGACAUCGGUGAACGUUGCGGAGGAAGGGCAGGGGUCUUUGGUCUGCGAGGAUAGCCUGUCAGGAGUCUCCAAGUCGCCAGUGUGUUUGCUGCCAAAACUAUUUAUCGCAUUUUCAUUUUAGAAAUCGGAAUGUGCUUACUGGUCUGCGAUUUCCGAACUUUUUUUCACUUUAAAGUCAGGCGGAUAGGUAUCCGAUCACUGCUGUGUGAAUACCGACAAUGCCAAUAUUCAAAUGUUAAAUGAUUUGCCAUAAUGGUAACAAUUAAGACCUUGCCGUACUCCCGGCAUGGGUGCCAGCUAAAAGCAAUGACACUUGUUUCGCCGAUGUUUCUGCCGCAGCAUGAGUGGCCUCGAGCAUUUCGGCUUCUCAGGGCACCCUAUGAGAUUGCUGGUGUGUGAAUUCGGGAGAAAUAUAAUGCCUGUAAUGUCAAAAAUUAUUAAAUAAAGGAGACAGGGUAACGCGUCUAGAACAUAGCGUAGCCGUGAGGGGUUCGGCCCCCCAGUGAGUGCCCCGAGCGUCCCACGUGCUUUCCAGAAGAUGUUUCAGUUUUCGAUGUUGAACCUUCAGAUUCACUCAGAAAUGAAUGCAAGAACGUUUAAUAAUGUCCUCGGGACAAAUUUAUUAGGCUCCAUCUGAAAGAUCAUAUGUAUAUUUGGGCUAGACUCCGCCAGCUCCGAUGACAUAACUGCGCAAAAUUCACAUACUGCUAACAGACAGUCAGUAAAAUACGGAGGUUAGAUGGUUAACUAUAUGAGAACUGAUGCCGCCAAAUUCAGAACCUACACCAAUAUACAGUUUCCGCCUAUUUCCAACAAAGCGGCUUGAUUUAGGGCUCAUUUAGCUUUAGUGACUUAGUUCUAUCUCCCAGUAAAACUCCUCUGAUUCCAAAAGUUUUCGAAAGAGCACAUGUUGGCAAAUUGACGAAUGGUUGAACGUCAUGUUAGUGCAAAAAUUUAAAUCUUUAUGGUGCAGAAUAUAUUUGCAGAGUUGAGUUGAAGUAGGUAGGUCUUACAAAGGGUUUGACACUUUUUCAAAAUCAACGGGCUGUGAUAAAUUCAGCCAGCGUUGACUGAUGCUUAUGGGUAUAAUAUAAGCAGGCAGCAUUGCGAAUGAUAAUUUUCCCCGAAAUCAUGACAAUGUUUGGGGGCUGUAGCAGUACCCUGGACAAGAAACUGCCCAGUUCGCUUAUCUAUUCCUUCCUGUUAUCUCUCCUAGUCAUUGUUCUUUUUCUUCCUCUUGCUCUUCUUCUUCUCCGCCUCCUCCUGUUUCCUUGACUUCUCCAUGAAUCUUUCCUGCCUGUUAUUCAGUUCUUUCUUUUCUUACCCUUUCUUCCUUCUACACUUCCCCCUUUUUUUAUCAAAUCUGUCCUCUUUAAUUUGUCCACGUCUCAGUUUUACGCUAGGUCCCCUUUUCCGCUUUUGAGCGAGACGGAUAUUUUUAACUCAUCGUAGCGUGCAUAACCCAGUCGUUAUAAUAAUCGCCGUCUGCUGUCAAGUUACGUAAAAACGACCUCAGUUUGGUUAGAUGUAUUAAAUGGGUCGUUUUUAAGUAACAAAGAACUCAGAGCUUAAAAUAGGUCGUAGUACAAUUUUUCUCAUGACAGCCAUGUUAAUUAAUUGGAAAGCUAAAUUAAGCGGGAUAAGUGCCUUUGUAAAAGAUAGGGACGUUUUUGAAAUCGGCUGUCUCGUGAUCCUUUAAUAACAUAGAUAAAUUUAGACUUGCGAGUUCCUAGGACAAGACGUUUUAGCCUCUGGCUUAGUGAGGUGCCAAUCUACGAUUAGCUACAGGAGGUCCGUGAAAUCAAACGGAGAUAAGACAUUCCAUCAAACGAAUGACGCCCAUUAAAAGGAGACUUCCGACGGAUUUAAUAACCUUCGUAGUAGGCACUAAGCCUGCGUAAAUGCAAAAGUUGGUGUUUACUAGCAACAAGCGAAUCAUCACGGACGAAGCACACCGUUCACUGAAUUUGCACUUUAAACUACCCAACUUCUGAUUGAAGAGUCAGUUGACGAACAUAUGUUUUCGGUAUCUCAUCAUCAGGCCGAUUUAUUUACAUCGGUAAUGAUCAUUCUAAUUGUAGGCAGAAUAAAAAUGCGUCUAAAUUAUGUUGCAUUAUUUAGGCCUUUGCAGGCAAGUCCUUUGUGACUCCUCCGCCACGUAGCCUAUAAUUAAACUAAAAAAUCGAUACGCAUGGUGUUUAAACACCUGUGUGACAUAAUUCCACGCGUCGUGUACAGCUGAUUAGGUGCCGAGGCGCGGGCGCCCUUGCCUGUUCGACCGGGAGCACGCUUUCCCCGCAUCCUCUCGUUCAGAAUGCUUGACCUGGAUCAAUUAUGGUCGAAUUGGUGAGCUAACCCCUUCUGCUAUGCUUUAGAAUUAAAAUACUAUUAACCUGAACACUAGUUAUAUCACCGCUUUUUAAUUUCCUCAGAAAUUAUCUACGAACUUGGAGUAAAUCACAUUAUUCAAGGUCUAUAGGCACAGACGAGAAUUUUAUGCAUGAAUAUUUGGGCUGAAACCCAUCAACCAUAGCGGAUAACCGCGACAUGGUCAUUAAUUACCGACAGGUAGCUAGCUGUAUACUUUAGGGUAAGGUGAUACCAUACUAAGAGCACAGGUACUAUACAAAAGCCCAUACAUGCGUGGUUCGCCGAUAUUCUGCCGCUGCAUGGCGCAGCUGCGAGGGGUUCGGCUCGUCAAUGGGUCCCCCAGCAUUCUCCGUCCGUUUUUCUGGUAGAUACUUCAAUUUAGAAAUUGUCGCUUUUUACUUUCCUCAGAAAUUAUCUACGAAUUUGGAGUAGAUCAUUUUAUUCAAGAUCUAUAGGCACAGACCAAGAAUUCGUAGAUAAUUUUUGAGGAAAUUAAAAAGCGACAAUUUUUAAAUUGAAGUAUCAACCAGAAAAACAGACGGAGAAUGCUGGGGGACCCAUUGAUGAGCCGAACCCCUCGCAGCUGCGCCAUGCAGCGGCAAAAUAUCGGCGAACCACGCAUGUAUGGGCUUUUGGCUAGUACCUGUGCUGUUAGAAUGGUAUCACCUUACUUUAAAGUACACUAGUUAUAUCCGCAGAACUUAUAAAGUCGCUUUGAAGCUGAACCUGUUGUUUUUCACGCGGGGAAGAACGCGAACUUGAUUGUUUAAGUUCUUACAACAAAUGCUUUUUGCUCUACUCAUCUAUAGACGAUAAAUUCAUGGUUGGUCUCGGGAGUAAACUUAGAGAAAACAUGUCUGCUUCAUUCGUCGACAUUACCUAGGCUGUUAGACCUCUCUGUUUGCCAUCGGUUACGUUACUCUGUCCAGUUGCCCAGAAAGAGUACAUUCCUGCUGACGGGACCAAGGGCAGAUCCUAAUUUCGUCACUUUUUGGAAUGAGACAGAGUUGAGGAGGGGAAACUCCGUCUGAAGUUCACACCUUCAUAUCGGAUGAAAUGGAAAGUCCUUCACCGGUAAACAGGAAUACUCGUUUAUCCGAAACGGCAUGAUAAACGCUGGGGGACCUGCCGAUGAGCCGAACCCCUCGCAACUGGAUGACCUUACUGCUUCAAGGCAUCGAAACAUGUGUCCGGGUCUUAAGUUAGGCUCUUUGCUGAGACUGUCUUAAGUCGAUCUCAAUAGACAUUUAUUUUGCAGAACAAAGGUGGUAUGUAUUCAGAACUGUCAAAAUAUAAAAAAGACAUUCUGUGGAACAAAACUUAGCUGUGCUCGUGAAUUUUCCAGUUUGUCGUAUUAACGAACAAAAACCAGCUAUCCGUCGGCAUGGUCUCCGUCCUUCGUUUUUGCAUACGCACCCAAAUGUGACCAUCGAUCCAGUUGCGACCAUGAUGACCUCGUCGCCAUGGCCAGUAAGAGACGGGCGAGAGAAUUUAUCUGGGUUUUGGUAUUCAAACGCGGACCGUAUCAACUUCCAAAUCGACCUGGGCGCUUAUUACGAGGCUCUUUAAAUACUUCUCACUGAUAUCCCCGCACCCAGGCCAAAUCAAGGAAUGCUAAUUCAGUCGCCUACGGUCUCAUUGGUCAGCUAUCCCCCUCCGUCUCUAGCACACUGAGUCGUAGUCGUACUCCUCUCACGCACCAGUGCCCUCUAUUGUCCCUGUGACCCCAAAUGCUCUAGUGUGGUCGUCACACCUCUCCAUUAUUCAUUUUGUCAAACGAAGGAUUCAUGUCAUCAGUUUGAAAAUCCACCAGUUCAACUCGAAUUUUUCCGAAGGGCCUCCUCUUCUUUACAUAAUUAUGAACUACUGGACGUCUGUUGGCAGCUUUUAAGUACCACACUGUUGGUCCGUCAAUGAUGAAAUUCGACUUCGAGCCGAAUCUGGAAAGGAUAGUUCCAAAAACUUCUCUUUAAGUUCAACCAUGAAUGUCUUAAAAGUGUCUUGAAAAUACCAGUAAAACGACUGUCCUUUCUAAGAACUGAAAUUUAUUAUAAAAGCCAGUUAAUUCAAGUAUUCUGUUGCAUAUAAAGAGUUUUGCUACACUUUUGCCGUAAAGGUAUGUUGGUUGGAAUAAGGAUAGGCCAGUGAUCACAAUAAUCAUGGUUUUAGAAGUUUCGAUAUAAAUGUGGCAGUCAUCGAUACUUCACUUAUGUGACACCACCUAAAAACCUUAGACAGUCGGUAGAUGGCGUGCGUAAAAAAUUAACAAAGUAGUCAUCUUGACCGUCCGUAUUUCUGGUUAUGACCAUCGUGCAUAGCUUUCUUUUAUUUGCCGAAUUUUUCACAGAUCUAAAGGGACUGGCAGGUACUGCUGGAUGGGUUGUGUUUUUAUUAUGUUCCCGUACAGAUCAGAAUCGUUGUCAGUUAGUGGCAUUUCAUCCCGAAUGUAGUCUUGCGAAGAGUUUAAAAUGGUGAAUGAGGCAGGCUCGAUGAUCUUAGCUUGCCAAAAGGGGUCGGACCGCAGACAACUUUAGUAGGGGGAUAUCUGAUUUACGAAUAACACGACUAGUAGCUAUCAAGCCAUAUGUUAAGACCAGGCAUACAAACACUAAGGAAACCGGAAAAUCUGUAGGAGCUACCGCAAAAUCUGUUAGCACGGAUGGCAAGAUAUGUCUUCCGUGCUACUCAGUCGCCUGAACGACAGUUCGACCGUCGUCGCCGACGAUGUUUACCAUGUGCCCUAUAGUAAGGUGAAGCAGGCAUGGCGACUUGUGCGUGAUUUAGUUUAUAAUGGUAGUAGACGUGCCCAGCAUAUACCACACUCUCCCCUCCUCCCCCCCCCUAUCUUGGCCUGGUAUCAGGACAGAGUCAAGAAGACCGGAGGCCUUCAGCUCAGUUGCAUUUGAAUGAUUCUGAACGAAGACUAGAAGGAGAGUAUUCCGGACAGUAAUGUUCUAGAAAGAAGCACAGUGCUUAGUAUGUAUUGCUGUAUUGAGGCAAGUACAGCUGCGCUGGAGCAACCAGAUAGUGAAUUUAAAUGACGAGCAGCUGCCAAAGAGGCUGCUCAGUGGCGACGCCACCACGGGUGCUGGCAGACAAGGCGAAGAAGAACGGCCGCACAAGAUCACUCCGAGGGCAUCUCUGAAGAAUCUUCUCAUCACCCAAGAGACCUUGGCUGACUUCACGCAGGUGCACUGCAAUUAAAACAGGAACAGCAGUUUCCAAAGUCGGCCGAGCAACGAAGAACAAGGCGAGGCAGGAGUCAUGCAGGACAGUAAUGGUGUGGACCAACUUUGCAAAUGCCCGACACCUGUCAGUAUGUCUGCAUUGGCAUCUGACGCACAGGACGUGGAUUGGCCCCGCUGGGCACCUCAGAAUCCCCUGCAAUGUAACACAAAAGUCAAUCUCAAGUACCCAAAGUCACUGCCAUCAUCAUCAUUACCUUCAUCAACAUCUUCACUAGAGACAACUCUCUCACCGAUCCUGACUGCUAUAUCGUGUUUCAAUUCCAGCUUGUCCUAAAUGGACAUCUUCGUGGCCAUUGUCGGGGAUACGAGCGCGACACAAAGGACAGCCAUAAACGCCUUCCCCAAUCGCCAUUAAUUCGGAUAAGUGUUGACUUGUUGCCAUCGCUACGGCGAAUUUCGGUUAUGCGUCAAUCUAGUAGAACAUCCACAGAUACAUUGAAACAUAACUAAAGAGCCAGUGACUUGAGCACUGGUCAACAUCCAUCAAGCGCACCCAUCAUUCUGACACCGUCUCAGGAUAUUCAGACACUACAGAAACCCAUUCGGCCAUAGGCACAUACACGAAAACAUCUACUAAAGCAGCACAGCCGAGGGUUGUUGAUAACACCUGAAGUGAUCAGGCGUGGUGACCAAGCGGCCAGGCGGAGUGAGUGCGUGCAGUCUGAGCAUUACCAUCGUCGGAUCAGAUCCCAAGUUGUAAGGAGAGACGGCAGAGGGGACCAGAAUGAGGGGUUUAUUGUGCACAGAACCCGGAGUUGUCCUCCCAGGCGACAGUGACCACUGGCGAAGCCAGGGCUGGUGUUGACUGCGUCCAGUCAUGCCUGAGUGUCUCUGGGAUAGUGGUGGCAGCCGCUUUUGUGGGCUCGUGGGCCAAGCUCAAGUGGUGUCCAGUCAGUGUGUGUGACAUUUGCCGAGGGGUGGUGUCCCUGUGGCUUGUUUUGCUGGUUGCAGGGGGUGGCGCGUUCAAGUGGCCGCAUGGGCAUCUGCGACUGCACAGAGGCAGGUAUGCCCGAGCUGUUGGUCGUGUGACUUCGGGUCAGGUCGUCUGGGACGGUCCGCUGAAAGGGGUGAAUGACCUUGAGGCAGCGAGGCCUUGAACAAUGACGCCAGACCAGUUACGAUGGCUGCCCGUUACACACCUAUCUCCCCCCCCCCUCCACGCACACGCACACAUGUCCGUGUCAUAAAAACUUAUUUCGUCGCACGCACGCACAUUUCGAUUCUCAGCAAAGCAUCGCACAUCACUCAGUAAGGAAGGGAGGGGCAAUGUACACAUUUCAGUUGUAUGAGCGAUGUGCCUUUCGUGAGGACUGACUGACCAGCUCGUGUGUGUACGCGCAGAAGGAGGAUUUUUUGGCCACGUUAGACGCUGCUCCAAAUCUCAUUACCAGGUUGACAACAGACCAGGACAGGCCGCUAGUUCAUGAGAGAGGAAGUAAGGAAGUGAGGCCAUUUACGUUAUACCAACCCGCAUGAUAAAUCUGCGCUCUGCUCACUAUAAGCAAUUCGAGGCAGUUUACAGUUUGACCGUCGUUUCCGACGAUUUUUGCCAUGUGCCACACAAGAGGAUGGGAGCAGAGAUGGUGACUUGCGCAUAGGUUCGUUGAUAGCGAUAGCAGACUUGCGUGACAUCUAUCGCACUCUCCUCACUUUCAUGACAAAGCCAAGAAGAAGGGUGGCAGGAGAGGGCGCAGCGGGCUGGUAAGACAAAAACCCGUGCCUAGGCGUACCUCCACAACCCCUGAACUACGCAUAAACGGCCAGGAUUUCACGCAGCACGAAGGGGCGGGGGGGGGGGAUCGCACCCCAACUGAUCAGGAGGAUCCUAAAGGCCACAUCAAGAAGGAACCGUUGUAGCCUGACUCUCAGAUCACCAGCUGACCACUCUGCUAAAACGGAGAGACGAGUUGUUUGGCUUUGUCAGUCACUGUGUCCAUAGCCGCCUCCUGUCGUUUUGACUCCGCCUUGGUAUUCAACACGGUAGAUUAGAUAAGAGAGGGAGAGAGGUAGAUUUAGCACAGGCUUGCCUCACCGCAACUAAAUUCAUGCUUAAGCCACUGUCACGCCCACCUCGGGAUGAACGUCGUUGCAUAUGAAGUUUGAAUGGUCGCUUAGCGAAUCAGCCUAUUCAGUCAGGAAGGAAGCAUAAUGUCCUGCGCUUCCGGUCGGUCACUUAAAUCCCCCAUCAAAGGUGUGGGAAAAGGGAUAGAACAAACAAUGUAAAUAUUCAAUUUGGCCAGUAAAACUCGUCUAGGGUCCCUGCUAGUGGCUACAAUACACUUGACAGCGGACGAUAAUUAGGGGCUCAGCCUAUUUUCUAUAGGCUUGCUGCGAAUAGCUGGAUAGGUCGGUCAAGCUCGAUGCACCGGUCGGUCGAUUUGUGACUGGACUCGAACGUUUCCAUUAUCUCACGUGUUUCCUGGUGUCAGUCUCAGUGGCAGAUUUUUUAACAGUCAGACAGAAGCCAGGAAAGUGAAUAGGUUCUCUUUUUGUGUUCACUCACCCUGGUCUGCAAUUGUAGCAAUCGGUGCCCAAGAUGCAAACCAUAACGCAAAAUGAUCGCUCACGUUAUGUUGGACCGUGAUGUGCUUGAAUUUUCCAUGGCGGACAGUUGCCUAAAGUCUCGAAAAUAUCUUUCUCCAUAUCCUCACAAGAAGGCGUCUCUACGGCACCUUCCUUCUCAUCCACGCUUACUGUGUCGUUUUUUCCUUCCAGUCUCCUGGAUACCUAUGACAAAUCUGAAGACGCAGAGGAAGAGGAGGAGGAGGGGGACUUCGACAAACCAGAAACAUGCAGCGACACAACCCUCGCUGAAGGCUGUGAAACCUCCUUAGUGGCAACAUUGAAGAAAACAUUGGAUGAUGAACCAUUUAUUUCAAAAACCUCGACCAACUCCGUGGACGAUGUGGCUCAGCCGGUGGAGUUUCCUACUCCCAGCGUCUACUCCCUUUUUUCUCCCCCUCCCCCUCCUCCCACAGAGAGACCCAACAAAGUCAAGGCCACUGGACUGUCACGGGAGGAGGCCCUUGUGAGGCUUAUUGAGAGAACUCGCUAUCCGAUUAUGCAGGAAAAUGGCCAGAGACGGUACGGUCCGCCACCGGACUGGGUGGGACCUCCGCCGGCAAGGGGUUGUGAGAUAUUCAUCGGGAAGAUUCCUCGGGACUGCUUCGAGGAUGAACUGGUGCCGGUCUUUGAGAGCGUCGGCAAGAUCUACAUGUUCCGUCUGAUGAUGGACUUCAGCGGUUGCAACCGUGGGUAUGGUUUCUGCAUCUACACCAAUCGAGAGGACACGCGGCGCGCUGUCAGCAAACUGGAUGCCUAUGAGAUUAGAAAGUCGAAGCCGCUGGGGGUCUGCUUCUCUGUGGACAACUGCAGACUCUUCGUCGGCGGCAUUCCCAAGACGAGGACCAAGGAGGAGAUCCUGCGUGAAAUGAAGAAGGCCACGGAGGGCGUCAAGGACGUCAUCGUCUACCCGAGUGUUGUGGACAAAACGAAGAAUCGGGGAUUCGCGUUUGUCGAGUAUGAGAGCCAUAAGGCUGCGGCAAUGGCACGGAGGAAGCUGAUUCCUGGACGAAUUCACCUCUGGGGCCAUCAAGUGGCUGUGGAUUGGGCUGAGCCCGAACGGGAGGUAGAUGAAGACGUCAUGUCAAAGGUAGCAAUGAGACUCAUUUUCAUCAUUUUUCGCCCAAAUUAACGAAGCACAGAUAGGGGGUUUUCGGCAAGCGCAUGAUUUAUGGCGGGGAUUACUUAAUCCGGGGAGCAAUUGUGCGAUAUCUAUUUGCACGUGCUGGAGAAAGAAAUAAGAUCUCGCAGUGGCUGUUACGUGACUGCCAAGGGGCAUUAAAUUCAACUACUAUUAUCAUUGAAUGGCAAAAAUAGUGUCCCUUCUUAAUUAGUGACAAUAUGGAGGAUCACAAUUUAUGAUAGCACAAAGUUCUUAUAUUUUCAGAUUUUUUGCUCAGCGUAAAUGAUCCCCGGAGUAAGAAACCCCAGCCAUAAACCAUACAGUCGCCGCCCUUGCCUAGAAGGCAGAAGUAUGUAUUUAUUAAAGUCAAGCAAGACGUAUUGCAACAAGACCAAGUAGUAAUGUUUAUCACAAACCAUCGGUAAAAAAACUAAAUAGACGCACAUGAAGAAGACCGUUUGGCAACUUGUGUUUGCUUUUAAUAAAUUCUCAUCGAAUUCGUACAUCUAUAUUAUUAUGAGGUUAGUUGAAACACAUAGAUAGGCGGGGGAAAUAAGCACAUGUGAAUUAAGGCGAAUGUUCGCAUUCUAGGUGGGGGAGAAGAAUGCUUUUUGAUCGCCGGAACAAUUUUUUGAUUCGUCUGAGCCUGUGAAUUCGUACAGGAGACAAUAUUCAGAGAUUAGAGCAGUAACAGAACAAGCAACAGUCAUAGAGGAUAUGAACCAAUCAGACAUCAGUGACGCCAGUCUGGAGGUGACUGAGUAGGGUUCUGUAUGCCGGCGCCAGAUCGAUGCAUCGACUAAUUGCGUCCCCAUUCGAGGCCCAGGACACAAUCAACUUAUGACUUGUCUUGCUUCUGUGUGGGCUGAAAAAGUAAACUCGUGACCCGCUGCGUGGGUGGGGCCAGCCACUUUGUAGUAAUUGGUCACCCCGUUUUUGCUCUAUUUGUCUUUCGGAGCUAGGGUUGUCUAGAUGAAACCAAAGUCAGCGAAAGUCUCCGUCAAAUUCUCGUUUUAAUAGUUAGGUCAGCCUUUAACGGGAAGAGGUUAUUUUCAGUCCAUUUAAGGUAUUUCUUAUACCAAAAUAAAUGAAUACUUUGGUUCAAUGGGGCUUCCUUGCAUACUCACUGGACUGUUGUUCUACUGGUUGAAAGGUGCGAAUUCUGUACGUGCGCAAUCUAAUGCUCGACACCACCGAGGAGACGCUUCGGGAACAGUUCAAUUUGGCUGCAGGCUCUAAGAACGCCGUUGAAAGAGUGAAGAAGAUGAAGGACUACGCCUUCAUCCACUUUCGCGAUCGCGUGUUGGCUGCCAAUUCACUCGCCAGAAUGGAUGGUACGUGCAGUAUGCUGUUUUGCUUUUAGCUGUCUUUGUUGGCUGUAGAUGCAUCAGGUACUCUGAAACUGGUAAUUGCUCGACGGCGUGUGGCUGUGAGUAAGUUAAACAGUCUUGGGGCUCCUGGGGCCAUCAGAAUCGGUGAAACAUUUUGGCAUAGUUCAGUUCAAUUGAGAGCAAGCGGAAAUGGCUUUUAGGACUCCACUGAAAACUGCACUAAACGGUAUUUCAAAGAGGUCUGUAAGUCCACGUAACGCUCAUGAAAAAUGUUGGGCUUUUUCAGCAUGAGAAUCUUAGAUAAUCGUGUGGCGUUUCAUGGUUUUAAUAGGGUCUGUAAGUGACAAUGUCCCCGAAUAUUAUCAUUUACGCCGUAUAGUUCUAAACUUCCUGGUAAGAUGAGCACAGUGUGGAAAUGUUUGCCAAUAACCGUGGAAUGCAUCUCAUUAUACCAAAACCCCAACUGACGUAAUUAAAGCGGAACAGGCUAAUGACUAUAUCUAACACACACUUGCAAAUUUUCUCGGAUUUGAGUACGCUAAAAGCCUAGUCCCUGUGAUUUUCAUUGCAAAUGAUGAGACGAUACAUGGGUUAGGGUACGCCCCACUAUCCUUUCCACUGAUAGAGUUUCUUCGAAAAUAGGAUGAAUUUCAAUAGCUUGCACCAAUACCGAGCCACCGAAUGAUCAGGUAUUUUUCUCGUUUACUGCCCAGUUGUUCUAUUUGCCUUAUGACUUGUAGAUGGGUUUUGUAUAACACUCUGUGUUUUCUCCAGAACUAAUCUCCAAUUUUGUCACCCCCUAAUACUUCCUGUACCUACGCACACAUGCUAAAAAGACCAGUAACCAUGCCACUACCGAGUAUCGAGCUGACUUUCUCACAGAAAUGUCCCGUUUCAAAUUUACAAACAUAAAAUGGAAUUUGUUUUUUGAUAAUGCUGACAGCAGGAUGUCUGAAGUCCGGUUGUGCGGAUUUCGCAUUUCUCGCGGUCUUCAGCCUCAAAGGGGAGUUUUGAAUCGGCUGAUUUACAUACCAUGAUAUGUUUACCCAAUACGUAAAAGAGUACAGCCGCAUGAAUUUGACGACCUUCGAUCUGCAGCGCAAGAAGCAUAUAAUGUAGUCUGAGAAGCUAUUCUGUCGGGAUUAAAAUCUCAUUACCGAUUCCGAGAAGACCGGCAAUGCGUUAGACACUCGGCACGAUCCGUACUUUCAAGAAGUGGAACCUCUGAUUAGAUGUGUUAUGGAGAGCGCAAGCGGCGUGGAGUCACGGCCUAAGGCGAAAGGAAGACAGACUGUUAUUACCGACGAAUGUCAGUAAUAACAUUCCGCCUAUAUCAUGCGCGGCUGUGCGGCUGCUGGUUGGGCUCGAGAAAGAGAGCCCGUAAGGCACAACGGAACGAGUGAGUUCCGUAACAACGAUCGGUGAGCGCCCCCUACCAUUGCGAAAGGAAGACUCGACCACGCGUUGAACAGAGGACCCAGUCGGCGGCGUGAUACACGCGUGAAAUUAGACAGCCGACCGGUAUGCACUACAGCGCCGGGUACACGUGCGGUGGCUGUGCUCACGCGUGCGGCCCAAUCAAUGGCUGAUCGAACAUUCGAUACGUUUCCGCGGGAGGACUGUCGCGCACGCGGUGGCCAAUCAAUGACCAGCACGCUCCGGGCAGGAACACUCUGGAACGCUCUCAGCGGCUGACACGCAAUUGGCCGGAAUGUUCCAGAACGCACAGGGGCCAACAUAAAUAUGGCGUCUUUCUGGCGACUAGUAACUCCUCUUGUUUGCAGGGUGUCAAUAAAAUGCUUGUUCUCCGAACCGGCUCUCUUUCCGUUCAACCAUCCUUUCGGGUCAUAACAAUAUGCGACCGUGGUUACUUAUAGAGUUCCAGGCUCAUAACCAGGGCUUAUGCUGUUCGACUACAUCUCGCUUAGGCGUUUCCUGACUGUACUAUUUCUCUAAAUAUAGCUGCUUUUUUUCUGAAAAUGCCGCGAAUUUUUGAAGCAACACAGGGGUAAAGACGAGGCUUAUUUACCUGUUUCAUAUCCAGGAUCCAUCUUGGAUGGAUCGCGAAUCGAAGUUAACUGGGCCAAGCCCGCAGACAAGUCUGAGGGCCUUCGCAUUCAGCGAUCAGACACUAUAACAGGAAACGUGAACCGGAAUGUCGAAGAGAAUCUCCUCAUGAACCUCCUCAACCUCUCCAUGAAGCCGCAGUCGUCUAUAACUGCCCGCGGCAAUCAGUCCGUUCAGAUGGUUGGAACCUGUCUGCCAACCACUGUGGCAAACUUGGCCUUACCAAUUGCUGCAGAUGGUAGUUCCAUUCUGCAGGCAAGUUUUGCGCCUACAAUGCUCACCAAUGCCAGCACGCUUCAACGGACGGGGGCGUUUGCAGGACAUGGGCUUCGUGCUGGUGAAACGGAUCCAAACUCUGUGAACUUCCUUAACAAGCUCCUGAUGACACAGUUACAGGGUAGGAUAAACAAUGAGCAAAACGAGAGACGCAUCCGGGAGGCUUUCAUCGUUUCGCAAAUUCUUAACGGCUCGAAACAGCAGACCACAAGGACGCAGCCAGUGAUACCAUCUGCCGCAAAAUAUCAGCUGGGCAAUCCGAACGAUGUGACGUCGCCGCUGGACAGAGAAAUGCCACCAAAACUGAUGUGA